AUGAUCAUACGCCUAUGUUGGUACGUCGCUGGAAUUGAGAUCUCAUUCAAAGAGAAAGAUAUCAAAUAUCUGGAGUUUCUUUUUGUAUAUUAUAUGGAUGAUUCGAUCCGCAAGGACCAUGAUUGGGAAUUGUUUGAUCGUCUUUCUCCGAGUAAGAGGCGAAACAUAAUCAACUUGAACUCGGGACAGCUAUUCGAAAUCUUAGUGAAAGACUGGAUUUGUUAUCUCAUGUUUGCUUUUCGUGAAAAAAUACCAAUUGAAGUGGAGGGUUUCUUCAAACAACAAGGAGCUGGGUCAACUAUUCAAUCAAAUGAUAUUGAGCAUGUUUCCCAUCUCUUCUCGAGAGGCAAGUGGGCUAUUUCUUUGCAAAAUUGUGCUCAAUUUCAUAUGUGGCAAUUCCGCCAAGAUCUCUUCGUUAGUUGGGGGAAGAAUCCACACGAAUCGGAUUUUUUGAGGAACAUAUCGAGAGAGAAUUGGAUUUGGUUAGACAAUGUAUGGUUGGUAAACAGGGAUCGAUUUUUUAGCAAGGUACGGAAUGUAUCGUCAAAUAUUCAAUAUGAUUCCACAAGAUCUAGUUUCGUUCAAGUAACGGAUUCUCGCCAAUUGAAAGGAUCUUCUGAUCAAUCCAGAGAUCGCCGCAGGGUCCCAAAUGAAUUGGCUUAUUCAAAAAAAGCCUUGUUCUUUGGAAGAUCUAUCUCAUAUCUGGUACUGCAUGUUUCCACUCUGCAAGAACUCCGAAUCAUUCUCUUAAAGCUCAUCCUCUUCAUCAUAAAUGAUUCGCUUGCCCCGAAAUGACCUGGCCCAAUGAAAUUCCAAUUCAUUGGGCCUUUGGAUACAAUCAAAUAGAAAACCCCAAGGGCACCAUAUUCUAGGAGCCCAAACUAUGUGAUUGAAUAAAUCCUCUUAUAUCUGUUGCAGGUCGAGGACUCCUUCCCCUUCUUCAAACCUCAUCUGGGUUCCAAUCCUACUGAGAGGUCCACUAAAUUGUUGAAGAAAGAAUAAGAUGUUUCUUUUGUCCCUUCCAGGCGAUCGGAAAAUAAAGAAAUGGUUAAUAUAUACAAGAUAAUCACGUAUUUACAAAAUACCGUCUCAAUUCAUCCUAUUUCAUCAGAUCCGGGAUGUGAUAUGGUUUUGAAGGAUGAACUGGAUAUAGACAGUUCCAAUAACAUUUCUUUCUUAAACAAAAAUCCAUUUUUUGAUUUAUUUCAUCUAUUCCAUGAUCGGAACGGGGGGGAUACACGUUACAUCACGAUUUUGAAUUAGAAGAGAGAUUUCAAGAAAUGGCAGAUCUAUUCACUCUAUCAAUAACCAAGUUGGAUCUGGUGUAUCAUAAGGGAUUUACCUUUUUUAUUGAUUCUUACGGAUUGGAUCAAAAACAAUUCUUGAAUGAGGUAUUCAACUCCAGGGGUGAAUCGAAAAAGAAAUCUUUAUUGCUUCUACCUCCUAUUUUUUAUGCAGAGAAUGAAUUUUUUAUCGAAGAAUCAUAAAAAAAUGGGUCUGGAUCUCCUGCGGGAAUGAUUUGGAAGAUCCAAAACAAAAAAAAUAGUGGUAUUUGCUAGCAAUAACAUAAUGGAGGCAGUCAAUCAAUAUGGAUUGAUCCUAAAUCUAAUUCAAAUCCAACAUAGUACCUAUGGGUACAUAAGAAAUGUAUUGACUCAAUUCUUUUUAAUGAAUAGAUCCGAUCGCAACUUUGAAUAUGGAAUUCAAGGGAUCAAAUAGGAAAUGAUACUC